AUGACUGCCAUUAACAAAAGGUCUUGCGAGGAACCUGAUUCUGGUGAUUCAAUAUCAAAGAAGCUAAAUCCCAAUUCUUCCGAGUUCGUUCCAAGGACCAAGCCAACCGCCCCUGAACUAAAUCCACAACAACCACGUAUCCCAAAGACUAAAUCUGAUAAGGAGAAUGCUAGGAGGUUAAUUGUCGUCUUGGAGAAUGCUUGCUUGGAGACUUACAAGCUUAGUACUGGUUCCUCUACUAGAAACGGUGAAGCCAAGUACGCGCUACUCAACUGCGAUGAACAUCAAGGAAUACUUGCUAAAAUGAAGAGAGACAUUUCUGACGCUAGACCUGAUAUAACCCAUCAAUGUCUACUCACUUUGCUUGAUUCCCCACUUAACAAGGCUGGUAUGAUGCAAGUUUUCAUACAUACAGCCCAAGGUGUAUUAAUCGAGGUUAAUCCGCAGGUUAGAAUUCCUCGUACUUUCAAGCGUUUCUCUGGUCUCAUGGUUCAACUCCUACACAAGCUAUCCAUCAGGUCUAUGAAUGGAAGUGAAAAACUUCUCAAAGUUAUAAAAAACCCUAUCACCGACCACCUACCCAUCAAUUGCCAUAAGAUUACCCUCUCCGGUGACGCUCCUACCACCAAAAUAUCUGAUUACCUACCAAGCAUACCACAAGACAAGUCUAUUUGUGUGUUUGUGGGUGCAAUGGCGCAUGGCCAAGAUAACUUUGCCGAUGCCGUCGUCGAUGAAAAAGUCUCCAUCUCGAAUUACUCCCUGUCGGCUUCUGUCGCUUGUGGAAAAUUUUGCACGACACUUGAAGAUAUUUGGGAUGUCGUUUAA